AUGUACGUCGAUAGAUUUACCGAUGAGGAACUUGUUACCUGUGGUCGUCCAACUCCAAUCCGUUCAAUGAAUAAAAACACAAUGAAAAAGACCAGAGCAGUACAACCAUGGUUACGUGGUGUUGGAUAUCUCAAAUCCAAUGCAGAUCUAUCACCUCGCCAUAUCUCAAUCUAUGUUUUACUCUGUGGCACCGAUUGGCACUUCAUCUCAAGCAUCAUGACAACAAAAUCAGCAAAACCUAUUCUGAUUGAUGGUCGUAUUUGUUUAUCAAAACUGUAUUAUAAAUCCAUUCAUUAA